AUGUCUCACUCCUCUCCCAACCUUGAUACCAUUGUUCGUCCUAUUGAUAUCAUUUUGGAUGGCUCAAAUUAUAAUAUGUGGGCUCAAAAUAUGGAAGUAUUUCUUAGAGGACGAAAAUUGUGUUGUUAUGUUUCUGGUGAUAUUCUUGCCCGCAAGCAACAAGAUGGUGAGAGUCUUGAUAAGUUUACAUGUCGGCUUGAAGAUUGGCAUAGUAUUCAUUAUAAAAUAUUGUCUGGGUUUAUCAAUACUUAUGUUCCAUCCAUCCAUAGCCUGCUUCCCAAGCUUGGUAAUGCUCAAGCUGCUUGGGAUUUUCUUGCUAAACAAUACAACUGCAUUCAUGAUGCUUCAUUGCUGUUCCAGCUUGAGACUAAGCUUUAUCAGACGUGUCAGGAAUCAGAUCCUCACCUCAAAUGUUCUGAUGACAUUGAGUUGUUUGCAACCUACCGUGAUCGUCGUCAGUUUAUGCAUUUUAUGAUGGCACUUCGUGAGGAUUUUGAAUCUACUCGGGCCUCUCUUUUGCAUCACACACCUCUUCCCACUCUUGAGAUUGCAGUUGCUAAACUUAUUUCUGAAGAAAAUCAUCAUUCAACCAUGAAGAUGCAAACUCCAGAUUCAGUUGUUGCUGCCAUCCCCCAGACUACCUUUGGAUCUUCUUCAGCCUCGGGUCGUUUCCCUUCUCGGUCCUCAAAGACUGUCUUCUACAAAUACUGCAAACGUUUAGGUCACUCUAUUGUGGAAUGUCAAAAAUUGAAGAACAAAAAUCAAUCUCGAGACCCCUUGUUUAAAGUUGAUGUCGUGGCUCCAACUACUCCUUCUGCUCUUGAGUCUGCUGCUGAGCCUUCUUCAGUGUCCAUUACUCUCACCACUACUGACAUUGAGGCAUUAAUUCAUCAGGUUUUGUCCCAGUCUUCUAGUGCUUUGUCUGUCACCUUAGGUACAUCUCUUUGGUUUUUUGAUUCUGCAUGUUGUAAUCACAUGACCUCUAAUUCCACCAUUUUUUCACAAAAAUCUACUCUAUCACCCAAUCCUAUCAUAUACACUGCUGAUGGUUCUCAUUUAUCUGUUAGUCAAAUUGGGUCUAUUUCCUACCCUACCUUAUCUGUUGACAACACCUAUCUUGUUCCCAAGUUAUCCUUAAAUCUCCUUUCAGUUGGUCAACUUUGUGAAUUAGGUCUUCAGCUUGCCUUUUCUAAUGUUGGUGUUGAUGUGCAGGAUCCACAGAGGGGUCAACUUAUUGGGAUAGGUAGUAAGAUUGCACGUCUAUUCGAGCUCACUUCUUUGCAGCUUCCAUCCCAUCUGUCUCGCUCCAUUGUUGCUCCUACCAUCUCUUCUCAGCUGGGUCAUGCCUCUAUACCUCGUGUUCAUCUUUUGGCCUCCCAAGAUAAUGCCAUGGAAUACAAUGACAAAACUCUCCUUGAGUUCCUAAAUCAACAAGGCACGGUGUCACAUCGUUCUUGUCUCUAUACCUCUCAACAAAAUGGUCGUGUCAAACGAAAACAUCGUCAUAUCCUUGAUAUUGUAAGAGCUCUUUUACUUUCUGCUUCUUUGCCUGAAAAGUUUUGGGGUAAAGCUACUCUUACUGCUGUGUACACAAUCAAUGGGGUACCCUCACCUAUAGUCCACAACAAAUCUCCUUAUGAGCUUCUCUAUGGUAUAGUUCCUAACUAUUCCUUACUUUGUGUCUUUGGUUGUGCCUGUUUUGUUACUCUUCCUCCUCAUGAACGAACCAAACUGGAACCCCAUUCUCGGUUAUGA